UACGGCCAUGGCCCCGUGGCUGCAGCUCUGCUCCUUCUUCUUCACUGUCAACGCCUGCCUCAACGGCUCGCAGCUGGCAGUGGCCGCGGGCGGCUCGGGCCGCGCGAGAGGCGCGGACACCUGUGGCUGGAGGGGAGUGGGGCCGGCCAGCAGAAACAGCGGGCUGUACAAUAUCACCUUCAGAUAUGACAACUGUACCACCUACUUGAGUCCCGUCGGGAAGCACAUGAUUGCCGAUGCUCAGAACAUCACCAUUAGCCAGUAUGCUUGCAAUGACCAAGUGGCAGUCACCAUUCUUUGGUCCCCAGGGGCCCUUGGCAUUGAAUUCCUGAAAGGAUUCCGAGUAAUCCUGGAGGAGCUGAGGUCGGAAGGAAGACUGUGCCAACAACUGGUUCUGAAGGACCCAAAACAACUCAACAGCAGCUUUAAAAGAACUGGAAUGGAAUCUCAGCCUUUCCUGAAUAUGAAAUUUGAAACGGAUUACUUUGUAAAGAUUGUCCCUUUCCCUUCCAUUAAAAAUGAAAGCGAUUACCAUCCCUUCUUCUUCAGGACACGAGCCUGUGACCUCUUGUUACAACCUGACAACUUGGCCUGUAAGCCCUUCUGGAAGCCUCGGAACCUGAAUAUCACCCAGUACGGUUCCGACAUGCAAGUGUCCUUCCACCAUGCACCGCAGAACUUUGGCUUCCGUGGCUUUCAUGUUCACUAUAAACUCAAGCACGAAGGCCCCUUCAGACGGAGGACUUGCAGGCAGGACCAGAAUACAGAGACUACCAGCUGCCUCCUUCAAAAUGUUUCUCCAGGGGAUUAUGUCAUUGAGCUGGUGGACGACAGCAACACCACCAGGAAGGCUGCUCAGUAUGUGGUGAAGCCAGUGCAGUCUCCCUGGGCUGGACCCAUCAGAGCUGUGGCCAUCACCGUGCCUCUGGUUGUCAUAUCCGCAUUCGCAACACUCUUCACUGUGAUGUGCAGAAAGAAGCAACAAGAAAAUAUAUAUUCACAUUUAGAUGAAGAAAGCCCUGAGUCCUCCACAUACGCUGCAGUUCUCCCCAGAGACAGGCUCCGGCCUCGGCCCAAGGUCUUCCUCUGCUAUUCUAGUAAAGACGGCCAGAAUCACAUGAACGUGGUCCAGUGUUUCGCCUACUUCCUACAGGAAUUCUGUGGAUGUGAGGUGGCUCUGGACCUGUGGGAAGAUUUCAGCCACUGCAUAGAGGGCCAGAGAGAAUGGGUCAUUCAGAAGAUCCAUGAGUCCCAGUUCAUCAUUGUCGUGUGCUCCAAAGGCAUGAAGUACUUUGUAGAUAAGAAGAGCUACAGACACAAAGGAGGCAGUCGUGGCGGCACGGGGCAAGGAGAGCUCUUCCUAGUGGCCGUGGCAGCCAUUGCUGAGAAGCUCCGUCAGGCCAAGCAGAGCUCAUCUGCGGCACUGAGCAAGUUCAUCACCGUCUACUUUGAUUAUUCCUGUGAAGGGGAUGUCCCCUGUACCCUGGACCUGAGCACCAAAUACAAGCUCAUGGACAACCUUCCUGAGCUCUGUUCCCAUCUACACUCAGGAGAACAGGAGGAGCUGGGCCAGCACCCAGGACACAGCAGCAGAAGGAACUACUUUCGGAGCAAAGCUGGCCGCUCCCUGUAUGUUGCCAUUUGCAACAUGCACCAGUUUAUUGAUGAGGAACCUGACUGGUUCGAGAAGCAGUUUGUACCCUUCCACCCGCCCCCUGUGCGCUACCAGGAGCCAGUCCUGGAGAAGUUUGACUCAGGUUUGGUUUUAAAUGAUGUCAUAAGCAAACCAGGGCCAGAAAGUGACUUCUGCCUGAAAGUUGAGGCUUCUAUACUUGGGGCCACUGGGCCAGCUGACUCUUACUCAUACCUGGAGAAUCAGCAUGCAGGCCUGGACCAAGACACUGAGGCCCAGCCCGCCUGUGAUGGUGGCCCUGCCUUGCAGCCCCUGUUGCAUGCAGUGAAAGCUGGCAGUCCUUCAGAUAUGCCACGGGACUCAGGCAUAUACGACUCCUCUGUGCCCUCAUCAGAGCUGUCUCUGCCUCUGAUGGAAGGACUCUCCCCUGAUCAGAUAGAAACGUCUUCCCUGACGGAGAGCGUCUCUUCCUCCUCUGGCCUAGGUGAGGAGGAUCCCCCUACUUUCCCUUCCAAGCUCCUUGCCUCUGGGGUGUCCAAAGGAGAACAUGGUUUCCACAGCUACACUGAUGAACUCCAAGCAGCUGCCCCUUUGUAAGAGCACGGAAGAACGUAAAUGUCGUCACUUUAGCUGCUGUUCUCGCUGGUUCCCCAGCUCCUCUGGUCGUACAGCCUGCUUGGAGCUGAGGAGGGCUCGCACGAGGAUAUCUGGAAUGAAAUUCUGGCUAGCACUCAACCCGUUCUGCUCCAGCCUUCUAACAGAUACUUAGCGAUGUCUCCCAUUUCCCAGAAGCAUAUGGAACCCUGAAAGGCAUGUCCAUUAGAUCUGACCACAGCUGUCUGCGUGAGGUCCUUGCUUGGAUUGGAGCCUAUUCUGAGGGGUAGAACGGAAACAGGUAAAGAGAAACAGGAAAGCACCCGCACAGCCUGCUCUGGCUUUACUUGAACUCUGCAAACUCUAACUUGGCUACUUAGACUCAAAACAAUUUGUCAAGAGGGAAAAGCCCGAUUGACACUAUUACAGUUACCCAUGUCAAGUACCAUCGGGACCCGGGCUGUGCUGCAAGUGAUGUUUCUGUCCAUUUUGACGUGGAACUUACACUGUCCUGAGUGUUAAGAGAACUUUGAGUCCAAGGUCCAGACAAUGACUGAACGUCCAUCCAGUCACUUUUUGUGAAACAACUCCCUCUAUUACUGGGAAACAUGGCCAACCAGGACGGAAUCCUGUGGGUCCUGUGGAGCAGGCUGACCAUCUUGACUGUUGUAUGUGAAAUGGGUUGAUGAGUGUGCAGAAGGUGUCAGAACCUGGGUGUUUUCCCUGCGUUGAAGUAGCCAUCACGUGGGAGCCCUAGCCAUCUGUUUCGUUUCCCUGGGAUACAUUUACUGCUCUACCGUAGCUCGGGUGGUGACGGCUGGAAAUGGAGGCCUGGUGUCCAUUACCCAGCUGGGCAGCAACACUAUUGGAAUUUGUGGCUGUUGCUGUGUCUUGAGCGUUAGAGAGGUCAGAAUCCACUAAUACACGACAGGGCACGGGAGACGGUGGCCAGUUAAUCUGCUGGUUUUGACAAGUGACAAACCUCCUUUGCAGAAGGCUGAAAGGAGGAGAUUUGUUACAAAAGUAAAUGCUCUAUUUUUUAUGAAUGAACCUUGUACAGACACUCUGUUCCCAAAGGUAAAGCAUCUCUUCAUGUCCCACAUGUUAAUGAGAUGUAUAUGAUGAUGUGUCUGUCCCCUCUGCGGAAACCCUCGUCCCUCGCCCCGGCGCGCUUGGUGUGUGCAUCCUUCUCCACUGUUAUCAUGGCUGCUGCUGGGUUUUGGCAGCCUGUCUUCUGUCAGGGACUAUUCAUUUUUCCCAUUCCCCCUCCAGCUUGGAGCAGCAUUUAAGGGGUUGCCGAGGAAGAUCCCAAGGUCGGGUGUGGAGGGCUCAGGGGUUUUCCUUCUAAGCACCUUUUCCGUGGGGGCAGGAGGGACACCUCAGUUCCUGCUGAGAAGAAGAAGCGGUUUGUGUGUCUUUUGGAUGAAAUCAUCCUCAUCCCCGCUCUGCACGGGCAGCUGGCAGCUUCUCAGGAGAACGUGCUCCUGUGUUCUCUGGCAGAGAACAGAGCAGCUGCUCUGGGCAAGCGGUGAGCUGGUCUCACCAGGCAUCUCAGCAGAGGAGUUUGCACCGUAUUAUCACUGGAAUCCACACUGGGCAGGCAGAGCUCCCACCUCCGCAAGGCUCUCCUGGCCGUGCUCAGUCUUGGCAUUCAUUCUGUGAGGGAGAUUGGUGGGCCUACAUUGCUAAUGUAUGACCGCUCCCUGGGAACAUCAUCAGAGAGGUUUUUUUUCCUCUUUUUAAAUUGAGGCCAAGAAAUAUUUUAUGUCCCCCAAAGAGCCAUUAGAAACCACAUUUAGGAUAGAUACUCAGCUUUGCAUAGGGACUGUGAGGUCCCUGAGAGUGCCCAGGAGCAGCAUGGGGCCUUGGGCUUAGCAUUAGCUGGAUCCUAGGCCCAGGCAGAGAGCUCACUGCUUGAAUUCAGAUGAGGAAACUGUAGGGAAGCCAUGUGAACCAUGUAUCUUGCUAGUCUGAAAAGUCAGGGUCAGGCGAUGGUUUUUGUUUGUAUUUAGCAGUUGGGAUGCUUUUAUUUUGACAUACGGGAGCUUCUGAUCAGACGACCCAGAUUCUAACAUACCAGGCGAUGAAACGACAGUAAGGUUGCUUAACCCAGAACGAGCUGAUAGUGGGUGGAACAAUAUCUUUCGUCAGCCCCUUCCCCAUACAACCUCAUCAUUGAGCCAGGAGUGAGAAUUGCCUUGCAGGUUAAGGCAAGGCGCCAGCUCCGAACAGAGCUGCAGUCUUUGACUCAGAAUUGCCCGUGGAAUAGAGAAAGGUUCUGAGGAGGCACAGGCUUUUUGAUGCUGUAGGGAAACAAGAGUUCAGGGCUAAGAGUGAACCGUUUGUGGAGAAAUAGACCAGGUCCACUGGAAGGGAGGCCAGGGCGCCAGGAAACCAAGGAAGUUGUUGACCUGUGUUUAUGGGUGUCCCACAGGUGCUUCUCAUGUAUGUGACUGGCUCAAAGGUGAAUCAGAAACAAAGCUCACCUGCCCUUGAGGUCCCAAUUUACCGUGUCAUAGUGGUGCAUGUUGCUAAUUUUCUUGACAACCUCAAGUGGUAGGUCCUCUGACUUUUAUGUAAGUAACUAAAUAGGGAACUGCUCCCCCCAAUGUGUGGGAUUGCAGGAGUGCAGGAGCUUUUCAGAAGGAACAGGGAAACUGUUAUUCCUGGUGGUGAAAUGGCACAAAAGAAAGGAAAAUAGCAAGUCCUAGCUACCUCAGCACAAGAGAACAUUCUGCCCUUAUUGGGAAAGGGUAGGCAACACCAAUGUGAAGGUUUCUAGUCUUUUUAAAAGUCCUCCAUUGUUGGGGAUGGUUGCUGGUAAUUGGCAAAGUUUGUGUUUUCUGGGGCAUCAGUAUACCCAGGCAUAAGGAAAACGGUAACAUAGCACCUAGAGGAGAGACAGUAGUGCCUGGUGGUGACUGGAGCAAACCAAGGCACCCUUGCCCAGCCUUCAGGGGUAGAGGGCUUUCCAGAUGCAGUAUUUCCUGGGCUUCUGCUUUUCACAAAAAGCUGAAAGUGUCAUUUUGAAGCUGUUGAUGUCUAGCAUUGGCAAGACAGCUCAGUGAAUAAAAGCACCUCUGGAACAAACCUGGACAACGUAAGUUUAGUCCUGGAACCCACAGUGGAAGGAGUGAGGAAUCCCUGUCCCAAAAGUUGUGUUCUUUGGCUUCCUCAUGCUGGCAGUGGCACUCGCAGAUAGCCAUGGCAUGGCGUCACGUGCAUGCGUGCGUAAGAGAGAGCGUGCUUUCGUGUAUCUGCAACACCAAAAUCACACACAACCGAAAAAUAAGCCAAACGUUGCCAAUCGAACUUUGGGAACUACUGAGGUGACCCAGGACCAACAGAAUGUGUAGCUAGAUCUACUUUGCCCAGCGGCUGCCAGUUUGUGACUUCCGCUUUGUAGGAUGUGAAAUGAAAACCACCCGCAGUAAUAGCACGUAUGUGGAGCCCUGGGAAGCGCUGUGCUAGCCCUAUCUAUCCUCCAGAAAAAUCAUGCUCUCCCGAUGAUUUUGAUUCUUAAAACAGGGUCUCUAGUAGCCCAGGCUAGCCUUGAACUGCUGAUACUUCCCUCUCUGAUGUGUGCCAUGCAUAGCCUUAAUAUGAUUCUGAAUACGUUUUAAACAUCUUGGUUGUGUCUUUUAUUAGUGUCUCAAGAGAAAGGGAGGUCAGCUGUUUUUGGUGGUGGUGGUUUUUUGAGACAGGGUUUCUCUGUGUAGCCCUUGGAACUCUUUAGACCAGGCUAGCCUCCAGCUCAGAGAUGUGCCUGCCUCUGCCGCUGCCACCACAUCCCCUUGUUAAUUUCAAAGUCAGAUCUCUAUCGUCCCAUAUUAAAAAACAGGCAGCAGUUGCAUUUAAAAACCCCCAAGACUUAUUUAUAGCUUAGUUCUAAUUAUAGUCGUGGUUUUGUGUGUGGGUGCAAUUCUGAGCUCAUGCCAAGGUGUUAUUAGGAGAAUUUAUUUGGGGGCUACAGCAGAGGGUCUCCCAGAGUGUCCUCACACUGGGUUUUGCCAUCUUCCCGUCUCUGCAGUCUGGGACAGGCUCUUCUGGAGGAAUGCUACAGGAGACAAAGAAAAGCUCUCCUACUGUCGAGAUCCCAGGUGUCCCCGUGCUGUUUGACCACCCUUGUUAUUAUCGUCACAUUUCCAGACUUUCCCAAGAGGGAAAGCUGGCCAAGGGAGAGCCAGCAGUAAGUGGUUGGGUUCAGUUCCGGUUUUAGAACUUGGGGGCGAAGAAAGGCUGAGAUCACCCAACACGAUCCUCGGCUUGACCGGCUGCGCCUGAGUUGUUCCAGACGCACGGCUGUGGCUGAGACUCUGGCUCUUCAGCCGAGGGGAUUCUGUAACCUCCCUGCUAAUCGGAUGGUCCUUUGUAUGUCUUCCUUGCAGAAAUUCAAACCAGCUUUCUUUUGUCUACAGCGCAGAGGAGAAAGAACAGCUGGUCACCUUCCCAGCAUAGAAAACCACAGUGAGGUCAUCCCCUGGUGGGCUCCCCCACCCCCAGUAGUAAAUAAUCCCACCCACUUAAGGUCUUUCAUAGCUCUUGUGCUCUGGGGGCUUAACGAUUUCCACCGUUCUUGGACUCCUCAGCCUCACGUUCAGUUUUGUUAUCCGAAUGACACCCAUGCCUUAUUCGCAUCGGCGCCGCCUGACAGCCAUGUUAGGAUUACAGGGAGAUUUGUACAGGCCUGCUGCUCUCACUGCAUAAAAGUAUCAUGGCACUUUAAACACGCUCAUUCAGAACACCACUCGUUUUCUCGAUGGUAGUCCUUGCUGUUGUGGUUGCCCGGCAGGUGAACAGCUGGUGCUCUUUCCUGAGGCAUCUAGUGCCUUCCUUUAAUCUGAAGACGUUCUUCAGCACCUGUCCUGAGUGGCAGCUACCCCACACCCCAACCUUGGGUUCUAUUUUUACCUCUCUCUGGACUUGCCUUUAUUUUGUGAGCACUUCACCAGAACCCCUGGCGAGGCGAGGCCAGAGUGCUAAGUGCCAGCUUCCCAUUAGCUGUUGGGGACUAAUUUCCAAACACCUUUGAAUGCCUCAGGGAGGGCCUCUGGAGAACUCUGGCCAAUCGUUGUCUUUCCUGCCCCUUGGUUCAUUCUUGAUACUCACCUGGAAUCACAGAUCCCUCCAGGGCCUCUCCCUCCUCCAGGGCUGUAUCUCUCUCAGUUAAGCAGGCGUAGGGUUUGAUACGAUCACCAGACAGAAGCAGUCAUCCUGACUGGAUAGAUAGCUAAUGUUUGUAUCACAUGGACUCGGGCAGGAAGGGAAGAAGGAGCAGUUGCCCUGCAUGGCUACCACUGGAUUAUACUCAGAGCAGUCAUUUUGAGAGUAGCUUUGCUUUUCGAGAUUUGUUAUUUUUUUUUUUUUACUGUGGAAGCUCCCAUGUUAAGGAGGAAGGCCCGCAGGCACAGCAAGGAUUGGUGCCGUUGUUCUGUUUUGUCUCCUUUAAGUUUGUCCUUUCUGGGAUUUUUGGCAGAAUGGUAAGCACUGACAGCCUGUAGCACUGUGCCAUAUUUUUACGUUGGAGAUCUUGGUGGUAUAUUGUGGUAUAUUUGACUGUAUAAACUCUGUAAAUAGAUGAUCAUAAGUCAUGACUGACAUUUGUAAGAUGUUUUUUUGUACCUUAGAGUUUCUACAUCAAAUAAAAUGUUCUCUUGUAAGCCUGCAAUAGCUCCUUAUUUUAGAACAUCUGUCUUGUUUCCUUCUUAGCUUGCCCUCCUGGCUGCUUGAGGAAGAGUCUGCCUCAGACUGAGAAGGAAAGAAGAGCUGGACCUGGCAAGCUGAGUCUGCAGAGCAUUUCACAGUGAUGAAUCAGUGCAUUUACAGAGGGAUGGAGGAGCACAAGGAAAGACCCAAGCGGCCAAGGCAGAACAACUUCUCCAUGUUUCCCUCUCCCAAAGCCUGGAAUUUCAGAGGGCGGAAACGGAAGCAGAGUGCCCAGGAUGAAGAUGCCGUCAGCCUAUGCAGUCUUGACAUAAGUAACAUCUGGAGCAGGAGCCGGCACAGACUAUGUCUGAUGAACACCGGUUACAUACCAAUGGCUGCAUCACUGCCUCGUGUUGUCUUUGAAAGUUUCGAAAAACAAGAACUCGAUUUAUCUUGGCAGCAUUUGAAGAAUGUCUUUCUUUCUCUACACACAUACUUACAUUCCUUCCUUUGGUUUUUUUUUUUUUUUUAAUAAAAACCAACAAAGCAAGAGGAAAACUAAAACCUACCUGAGAAGACUGUGUGACAGACAAGGCCAGAUUUUUGAGCACAAUGCAGGACUUCACUGGGCUAGUGAUCGGCCUAAAGGCGGAGGCUGUUAAACCAUGCAUUUGACAUGCAGGCCUCCUCACCAUCGCAUAGAGGGCUGAUGGCGUCCACUGCUCCCUCAGCCUCCCUCACAGGUGUCUCUCGGGAUAAUGGUAGGCCUGGAAAAUUUCUGUUACUAUAAACAACCAUCCCUGGGUUUCCUUUCCUUUCCAUUUAAUGACAUGACUGCCACUCACGGUGUCCGUUACGUGGCUACCAGGUGGGAGAGUAGCAAUGAACCGCCACUCAGCUCAGGGCUUGUUUACCCACAGUCGAGGAGAGGGCAGAUUCUGGGUUCUAAGCCAGUGGUGGAAUGCCAGUGCAGGGUUUGUUCUUACCCAUUCAAAUGAGACAGGACCCUGUGUCUUGAACAUUACCCACACAAGAACAGUAGGACCUCCCGCGGAGACAUCACAGCAUUUCAGCAGCUAAAGGUGUGUCUCCCAGCUAGAUGAAGAAUCCCUUCCCAGUCUCCUUCUGGGGCUCCUGAGGGAAUCUCCCCUAGGAAAGUAAUGACCCUGACAGGCCAACCCCUACCUGCCUUGUGGCAAUAGUUUACUUGAAACAGUGUAAACUCUAGAUGUCAUUACUAACUGUAAGCCUCAAAGAUACAGAAAACUCUUAAGUUCUGAGCGGGCCUCAAAAAGGACCUGAGGAUCUAGUCAGCUUCACCAUACCAAACUUAAGAGAAAGAUAUAUCGUCCGUCUGUCUGUCUGUCUGUCUGUCUGCCUGCCUGCCUGCCUGCCUCCUACGUACCUGUGUUUCUCUUCUGUUAAAUCAGCAGGUAACCUAUAAGAAACAUGACUUGUGCAUAUAGCUAACGAAGAUAGUGCACUUUAAAUGAGAUUUGCUUGAGGACUGCUAUAAAAAAUUAUCAGAGACUGACUGCCUUAUCAAGGACUGAUCUGGGAACAGGAUAGAAGGACAGCCCAGUUCUGGCAAGGGCCUCUGUCAGGGUUGCCGGCUGUAGGUGUCUUGGUCUCUUUAUGUAGAAGACAAAGGGUAAGGGUUCAAAGGGAUCUCUUUGAGGACCCCACCCCUAAGACCUAAUUAACUCCCAGAGAUCUUGCCCAAUACCCUCACUUUCAGGUUGAAUUUCAUUCAAUUCAUGUAUUUUGAGGCACACAAACAUUCAUUCCUGAGUGUCUGUUAAGAGUUUGAAGCUGAAACUUCAAUAUACACUUACGUUUUGAACAGUUAUUCUCCAGCUGAUGUGUACUUUGAAAGAUACUGGAAACUCUGGGGAUGGGGCUCUUAGAAGAAAGUGGGCUGGUGGAGGCCAUGGUAUACCUGUCUCUGACUGCAUUCUCUGCUGUAGUCCACAGCUGGGUUUCACACAGUGUGGUGUAGCAGACGGAAUCGCUUUCUAGCAAUUGUGCUCCACGAUACCUUGUUUUAUGCCACCUGCAAUUUUACCGGUUGCUGUGUUUCUCGGCCACGAUCUCCCUCCAACACAGCACCAGAAGUCAAGAUGGCUGAACUUCAAAUGAUUACCAGAGUACAGAAAUGACACUGCCUUGUGCUGGUCAUCCUCAUGUGGAAACAGAGCUCCUGAAAUUAAAAAUGGGCUUCUUCUGGAGGCCUAGUAAGGAAAUCUGAACAUGGGAUGGUUUGUGGAAGGUGUCGCUGUGUGAUACACAUGAUGCAAGGACUCCUGGGAAACCAGAGUCAGGAACAACAUUGCCUCAGGGGCCUGGGGCAUUUGUUUGUUUUGUAUUUGAAAGAAGAGUGGCACUUAACUGAGUAGAUGCUGUCUAUGCAAUGUGCUCUUAAAGAGGCUCGAGUGCUUCUGUGGGAAGAAAGGUUUCUGGUCAUACUUUAGUUCUUCUGUGGGAAGAGGCUACUGCAAGCCUUUUCCUUAGGAAUGUCUUUCUGCGGCUUGGAAUACAUUUCUCAUAUAUGAAGUCCGUGAAGAGCACGUCAGCGUUUUUUGGCUCUGUUUCUUGUUCAUUCAUAUCCUUACUGAUUGGACAUAUCCUGUGCCCUCCCUGCACUCAUGGUGAGCAAGCCAGUCAAGGUUUUGGGUUAGCUCUCUAUUGUAGACAAAGUACCCAAGAAAAUCAACUUAAAGGAUGGCUUGUCUGUUUUCGUCCGAGGCUUUAGUCAAGGUUGAUAGGUCCCACUCUGCUGAGCCUGAGGCGAGCAGAGCACUGCGGUGUGGAGCCUGUGUCCACUUUACGGUCAUCAGGAAGUGGGAGACAGGGACAGAUGAAUAUGCUUCCUUCACCUAGGCUCCACCUCCUGCGUUUCCCUCACCACCUCAAAGCUUAUCAGAUCAAUCAUUGUGUUACUCUACAAAUGAGGUCUGAGGGCUCCUAGCCCGACCCCUUCCCUAAGGCCCUUCAGCAGGCAGCCAUGUUUUUAGCACAUGGUCUUCAGGGGACAUUUUAUAUUCAAACCACAGCAGUCCAGCUGUGGACAAUGUUUUAAAGGUCAGAGCUGCAGGACUAUAACAGUGGAAGUUGUUCAUUGCUCAGAUGUGAGCAUGCUGUCCAGAGGCUUUUUAACUCAGGACCCUAACCCAGUCCCGAGAGGCCACGGAAGUCUCCCUUGGCGAAAUGGAAGCUGAAAGAAGAAAAAGAAAUAACCAGGCCUUUGGGGAGUAGAAAGGAAGUAUGGCCAGGGAACCCAAGUGCAAAGCCUUUGCGGUAGGGUGGACCAUGCUGCUCUAACAAGGAGGCAGCUGGAAGGUAACUCUGCAGCCUCCAAGGUCAUGUCUAAGACUUCGGCUGUGGGAAGUCUGUACUAAGCAAGAACAUGGUCUGUGUUUGGGAGGGUUCUUCUGGCUGCUGAGUGGGGCCUUGUUCCAAGUCAUUAUAUCCCUCCUGGGAAGGUGGAAGAUAGACAUUGUUAGAAGGCUCAGCUGUGUACUUUACCGUUUGUAUGGCAAACACAAGACCUCAUUUUAAUUAGGACGCCCUUCAAAGCACACCCAACGUGAUUCAUGAGAAAAACCAAACCAAACCCUACAGAUAAGUAGGAGUGAAAUAGGCCGGCCUAGAAGCAGUGGGGGAAGCUAGCGGAGGUUUGACUCUGAGGUUUCGCUUGACUCUCUGAUGUGGGAGCCCUCUGUCAGCGGUUGUCCCAGGUACACUCGGCUGUGACCAUAAACAUUUUCCAAUGGGGGAGUAUUAAUCUCUGUUCCAUUGCCCCUAAAAGAACAUCCAAUAUCGGGGCCAAAUGAAGGGCAAGGAGCCUUGGUCAGCUCUUCUUAAGCCACAAGGUCCCGUGGCCCGGGUCAGCCGUGACCUGGGGGAAAUAGUAGGCAGGAGGACAGGGUUGCCCCCAUGUCCUGUAGGCAGAGGUGCUGCUGACUCUGCACAGUGCCACCAGCAAAAUCAAGUGGAAGGGACUCUUUAGUUUACUCUGACCAGGAGUGUGGGGUGAAGAAAAUGCCUUCCUAUCCUUCUAAAGGGCUUGGGCAUCUCAGGAAGAGCUCGUCUUGAAAACCAGGCACAAAGAGGGCUGGAGAGGUGGAAAGGAAAGUCUCUUGGGAGCGUUUUUGGUUUGCAUCUGUCACUCAUGGGACAGCCUGCCCUGCCUCUCCUCCCCCAUGUCCUCUACGCUUCCUUUUAAAUUCCCACAUGACAGGCAGGAGGGGGAGGAGGUCUGAGGCCUGCUCGCUCUUUUGCUUCAUUUCAAGGUGUAGAUGAGAACCCGUGGGUCAGACUAUGCUUUCUGUCGCCUAGAGGGAUCCCCAGUUUUAAUUUUGCUCCUGGGUAUGGGUCUUGUCCAGUUGGUAAUUAUUAUAAGUCAUUAAUAAGAGUGUUCGUGUCCAUAUGCGUGUUCAUGUAUAUACAGGUUGCUGUGUGUUCAUCAGGGAACAUUUACCUUGUUUUUUGAGACAGACUCUGUCACUGUCUUGGCACUUACCAACUAGGCUAGUCUGGGUGGCCAGUGAACCCUGGGGACUCCCUGGUGUCCACCUCCCUACUCCUUGGAUAACACACACCACACACACACACACACACACACACACACACACACACACACACACACACACUGCCCGACUUCUUCCUUACACAGUGGAUUUUGGAGUAUGAAUUUGGGCUCUCAGACUUGCAAGGCAAACUCUUUACUAACUGAAUUAUCUCCCUAGCUCAUAGGCUUAAAAACAAAAUUUGCUUUUAAAUUUACUUCUCUUAAAGCUAGUCAUGCCAGUACAUCUCUCCAGCACUCUGGAGACAAGGGCAAAGGACAGGUGGAUGGCAAGCUCUGAAGCCCAUCUAGGCUACCUAGUAAAAGUCUGUCUCAAAAACAAAUCAGCCACCAAGACAGUUAUAAGUUUCCAGUAACCUUUAGAAAAAUGCGGCACCUUCUCCAUGGGGGUGGGGGUGGGGGCUGGGGGUGGGGGAGCUCCUGGGCAUGGGGUUGGUAACAGAGCUUUUCUGAACUGCUGCAGGCUACAGGGUUCUGGUUUCCUCCUGAGGUCCAGGCGGGAACAGGCUUUCCUCGUUAGCCCACAGGCCCUGGACCAUUGAGGACUCAGGCUCCCUUUUAAAAGUGGGUGUCUGGAUUGGGAUCUGUCCAAGGCUCCUGCCAGCCAUUACCAACACUCACUUCUGACUCAAGUUUCCCUGGGAUCACCCAGGAGACCAUCCUCUGGGCGUGGCUUUGAGGCGCUGACCAGAUUGGGUUAACUGGAUUCAGUGAGACCAUCAGCCCCCACCUCUUGCCUACAGGACUUUGCCACCACAAAGGACUAUACACUGGGACUGUCCAAAUAAAUCCUCCCCCCCUUAAAAAACACGUCUGACUGAGCUGCCCUGCUACAAAGCACACUCUCACCUAGGCAGACUCGGUUUUAGAUUUUGAAUAUUUGAAGAGCCCAAGCCGUUCUCCUGUAGCAUCCACCUCUGCUCCGUCCAGUUGCAAUGUGAGAGUGUGAUGGCUCCUUCCCUUCACCAGCUUCCGCCCUGGAAAUGACCCUGAAAUGUUUCUUCUGUUCAUUUCUCACACUGCCCAUGUAACCACUUUUAGCCCUGUCUUACACACACACACACACACACACACACACACACACACACACACACACACACACACACAAUGAGAUCCAUGAACUUAAACUGGCCAGAAGAAUCAUGUCUUUAUUUUUACAAACCCCAGCUGAAAUUCGCAUUUCCAUUCCGUAAUCAAGAACAAGUCAUGGCAGCAUGGCAGUUACCUGUGACUCAGUUACAGAAGAAUGCUCCUCCGUGUCACGCUGAUUGCCUGUGUCUCAAAGUACCUCGCUCGCUGGCAAUUAUUCAAAACGACAGUUGUGAUUAGACCCGCCGCCACAUCUGUUCAGAGAAACCCAUGUGGUAAAUUAGUUUUUUAAUAUGCUGAUAAGUAUCUUUCAAAAUAAUAGGUUUUCCUAUAGAGCAGUGCGUGAGGCGGGGUGGGAGGGGGAUGAGAGCGGCCACCCCUGGGUUCCUUCGAGAAGACAAUGGAUGGGUUAUAGAACUAGAAAACAAUGGAGUCCAUGAAACGCCUGUUUUCCUUCUCAUACUCCUCAAGGCUGGUGCUGCGGAUCUGUGAGAGAGUAUUUAUUCUUCGCUACUGUGGUAGAUCUGGCCCACAAUCCAGCCUCUUUCACCACCCUACCUUUUUGUUGUUGUUUUGAGACAAGAUCCUAGUAUAGGACCUGGCUGACCUGAAAUUCAUUCUGUAGACUUGGCUGGCCUCACAUUUGUGGGGUUCUCCUGCCUUUGCCACCCCACUGCUGUGGUCACAAGGGUGGGGUUCCCCACUCAGCUGCUACUGUUUGGGGGCAUUUAUAAGCGUCUCCUAACAGAUACCAUGGGCCUUAGUGGGCUGCCCUCAGGUUUUCUUGGGCUUCUGGAGCUGACCAUGGCUGGGUUCCUAUACGUCUACACCCUCCCUGCCUUGUCACCUUCACUUCCUGUGCCACCAACCAGGGCCAUUCUUCUCUGCCUUCUUGCCCCAGAUCUUGUCCCAUCCUCUGGUCUUAUUUCCCAGGGUCGCCUGCCUGGCUCUGGCCUGAGGAACUUGGUGUUCCCGGAGGCUGCUUCCUCCAGACAGCCGCACCUGUCUGUAUUGCUUGUAUACAUCUCUCCUGCACGGUCACCCAGUUUAUUUCCCCGUGGCCUUUUGACAUGCUACUUGCACCAGAUUUUCUUUUGACAAUGUCAUGUUGCUUCAACACUGGUAUCCCUGGCCAGAUGCUGACGGACAAUGCAGAAUGGAAGUCCUCCAUCUCAUUCUGCACACACGUGUCAGUCUUUGGAUAAAAUUCUGUACUCGAUAACCUGCCGUCCUGGGAGGUCUCAUUUUUCUAAAUACAACCUUCCCCCAUCUCCUGAACUUCAAGUCAAAUUCCAGACUCGGGCACUCAGGCUCUUCUUAGUGCUGGCUGUUGCUCUUGUCUGAGUGUGAUUCCUGAUUUAUGCACCCCUGGAGCUACAGGAUUCCUCUUUAGGAAGCAGUAAUUCAACCAAGUCAGGGAAAGGCUGGGCCAUAAAGUGCAUGUAUCAGAGCAGGGUUUAAUGCAGCAGGCAGCUAAGCCCAGAGCUGGGGAGAUUAUCAGCUGCAUGCUUCACAUUUCUUCUCCAAGAUGAGCAGUAAGAAUGAUGUACUAGGAGCUGGACAAAUGGCUCAGUGGUUAAGAGCGGCUGUUCUUUUUGGAGGACCUGGGUUCGAUUCCCAGUACCUACAUGGCAGCUUACAACUGUCUGUAGCUGCAGAUCCAGGGGAUCCAUUCCACCAGGCAUGCGUGUGGUACACAUAUGCGUUCAGGUAAAAUACCCAUAUAAAAUAAAAUAAAUAAGUACUUUUUUAAAAGGAGGAUAUAAUAUACUAAUGGAUUUUAAAGCUCAUGGAGCAACGUGUGACAAUUCCGUUCAGGUUUAUUACCGUUAUCGAAUGGAGGGAAAGCCGAGGACCCGUGGUGUUGAUUCACAGAAGAGAAAGAAGAAGCCUGUUAUGGAGAUGUCUGGUGAUGUGUCUGAGAAGCCUGGGGCUAGACACUUGCCACCUGUGCACCCUGGGAACUGGUACAGUGACGGGUUAAGUCCCAGGGUAGUGAGUUUGCAGGUUCUUUUUUAUAUGGACCCAAGAAGCUGCCUGAGGAAGAAUCUGGGGAGUUAUUCUGCCCUGCCUUGAGCUAAGUCAGCCAAGAGAGCAAAGUGGAAAGGCACUGAGGUAGUCCAGGGACCUUGGAGACCCUCAGCACAGAGGAUACUCCUUGUUUCUACAAAAGAAACCCGUGCCCCCAAUCUCUGCUCCCAGGCAUGGGACUUCCCUGCUGGAGGCUGGGGCUGGGUGUGUUGGGGUGAAACCUGACUGAGUCGCUAGGGGAGAUUUGGGUCUUCUGCUGUGACUAUUCCUCAGGGAGAGGCAAGGUCACAGAGCCCAGGUACCAAAUCCACAAGGCUGCUUACUGCUGUCCAUACUGAAGGUUUGUGUUUGACCAGGAGGAAUGUGACCUUAUUUGCCUCACAUUAGCCCAGAAAAACAAGAUUAAAAACCUCAGGGGUUGAAGAGGUGGCUUAACAGCUAAGAGCACUGGCCACUCUUCAGAGGAAUUAGGUUCAGUUCCCAGCACCCACUGACAGCUCACAAUCAUCUGUAACUCCAGGGGAUCUGACACAUUUUCUUUUAGGCACUGGGCAUGUGCACGGUACACAUGUAUACAUACAGGAAAAAACACUCAUACACAUAAAGUAAAACAUAAUUCUUAAACAUGAAACAGCUUCAUAGAUAAAUAGUGGACACCUCGGCGUUAGUGCGUAAAAGGGAAAAUCUUCACAUCUCUUGGGAUAGGCUUUGGCUAAUUUAGUUUUCUUCCUUUUGCUUCUCUGUAACUCCUGAUUUUUCUGCCAAUAUCAUGUAAUAUGUAUAAAAUUUGUUUUUUAUAAAAGACAAAACAAAACGUGAAGAACCAGGUGGUAGUGUCACAUGCCUCUAAUCCCAGCACUUAGAAGGCAAAGCAGAGGCAGAGGCAGGUGGCUCCCUGAGUUCGAGGCCAGCCUGGUCUACAGAGUGAGUUCUAGGACAGCCAGGGCUACACAGAGAAACCCUGUCUCAGGGGAAAAGGAAAGGGAAGAGAGACUAAACUUUAGUAGUCCUCUACUUGCCUCUCCGUGACCCUUUAAUACCGUUCCUCAUGCUUUGGUGACCCCCAACUAUGAAGUUAUUUUGUUCCUACUAUAAUUUUACUACCAUUAUGAAUUGACAUACACAUAUCUGAUAUAGAGGAUAUCUUAUAUUUGACCCACAGGUUGAAAACCACUGGGCUAACUGACAUAAAGCUAACUGACAUAAGGGAACUCUAGCAGGAGGGGCCAGAGACUGUUGUAGAGAGGACUGAAAGAGAGUGGAGUGACUGUCCAGGCAGAGUCUGAGGUACCCAGGGCAGGACUGUGGUGAGAAAGGACUAAUCAGAGCUGAGAGGAGUAGGGAGGAGAUGGAGCACCGCAACCUAGAAGAAGCAAGGACCUGGAGGACACACAGCCACCCCCAGACCCCCACGGCUGGCACUUAGUCCUUAGGUGGGAUCUGAGGGAACGUCCCCACCGGAAGGUGUAGAGAAGAGAUGAUGCAAAAUGAGUCUCAUUCCACUCAAGUCCUCAAAAGCAGCAUCUUAAACAAGUUUCUUGGCCUCUUGGUGCCUCAGUUUCCCUUUUCGUAUGCUGCCUCAUGUGGUUGUAGUAUGAAGGGGACUGAAUGAGCUGGUGUGUGUGAAGUGCCUACCAUGGUAUCUCUGUGCAGGACGUGUGGUAUAUGCUAAUCAAUGAAUAACUAAAAUCUAGGAUUUGAGACCUGAAGGACCUGGACCGUGUUUAAUUAUUCUCUCCCCAAGUGCUUCUCAGAAUAUCAUAGGUCUAUGCUUAUAGCUGUUGACUAAGUAGACCUCAAAUGGCUAUGUCUUGGGAGAGGGAGGGAAGGAGGGUAAGAGGAAGGAAGGAAGGAAGGAAGAGAAACUUGGCUUAAAUUCCAAAUAAAAAAACUUUAUUUUUUUAAUCGGUGAGCAACCGUUUCACUAAGUAGGGAUUACCAAUAUUAUUCAAAUUUCAGGAGUCACAGUUCCUUUUAUCUGUAUAUGAUGGUUGAUGGCUUGGGAAAGCAUCAAUUACAAAAUAAGAACUGAGCAUGGCGGCAUAUUCCUGUAAUCUAACACUCGAGAGGUUAAGGCAGGAGAACUGGACAUUUGAGGGCAGACUGGGCUACAUAGUGAGAUCCUGUGUCCAGAAAACAAGACAAAACCAGAGAAGGGUUAAAGGCACUUCUGAUUGUGUGACAGUGCCUUAGGGAUGGGGAGGGAGGAUGGAUUCAAACCCCGGAAAUGUAGAAAGCAUCUUCACUUUGGAUAUUGAACCAGAAUAUCUAAGGUUCAGAGAUAUACUCAGAGAAUACCGCUUGUAAGACAGGCUUUCCCAAAGAUCCCUGCCUGACCACUUUCCACCUGGGUGUGUGGAUACACACGUGCACUCAACAUCCACCUCUGCCUGGACGAAAGGCCCCUUUCCAGGGGUUGUCAGGGAAGAUGAAUGCAGAGGUAGCGUUUCUAGAAUACAUUGUUUCCCUAAUUCUAGAAACAGUUAACCUGGAUUUAAAAAAAAAAUGUUUUCAGAGACAUUCUUCCAGCUUUGUGUUGCUGUAGGGUUUCUUUCUAAAAAUAGAAAGUGUGUUUUCUUUGUCUGAUAAUUAAAUUUCUUGCGGUUUCACCCAGAGGUAAAGAGGACCGUCUAUUUUGGGCUACUAGAGUUGACACGGCAUCAUCUCUAAAGCAGCCAAGCAAGGGCCUUGUGGGAGGCAUGUGUGAUUCUAGACUAAGAGUUGAGACUAAGGUAUAAAAAUAGUAAGUGAACUAGUGCUAUUGAGCUCCCGUGUGUGUGUGUGUGUGUGUGUGUGUGUGUGUGUGUGUGUGUGUGUAUGUUUGUGUUUGUGAGUGUAUGUAUGUAUGUUUGUGUGUGUGAGUGUGAGUGUGUGUGUGCAUGUGUGUGUGAGUGUGAGUGUAAGUGUGUGUACUAUAUGUAGUAUGUGCUCAGUUUGUACGUGUGUACCCACACACCCAGGCCGAGGUGAAUGUUGAAUGUUAGCCUCAGUUACGCCCCUUUGUCUAAUUGUCUGAGACAGGUUCUCUCAUUAAGCCUGGAGGUCACCAGUUGUAUGGACUGUCUGGCCACCAAGCUCCAGGGACCCUCUUGUCUCUGCUCCUACUCUAAACCACAGGUGCCCACUGCCAUAGCACUGAGCUUUUUACUGUGUAGAAGCACUCACUUGUCCCCAUUUUACAGAUGAAAAGAACAAGGCCAUCAGAAGUGCGGAUACUUGAUCAAAGUGUUGAAUCUACAAUCCAAAGAUGAUCACUGAGUCAGAUUAUGUACAAAUUUGCUGCAGAAAACUUCAGGUCUUGUGUUAUUUUAACUUUUAAAUGUGCUAAUAUUGUGAGCAGCUCAUAUAGGCUAAUGAAGAAUUAUGUAAGUUCCUGCCUUCUUCCCUCUCCCCCAAAGAAAUCCUGAUUCUGUAGGUACAGGGCACUGAGGUGUUAUUUUUAUCAUCCCCAGGAACAUGCAGAAAGAAUGAAGUUGCUUCAUAAAAGGUUGGAUUUUCCUAUCAGCAGGAGGUGAAGGACGCUUGACUCAGUGUAAUUAAGAUAAAAAUAAAACUCUCCGAGUGGUUUUACUAAAGAAAGAACUGGGGGCCUGCUGAUAAUAAUUAGUAUUGAGUUCAGCUUUCAGAAAAGCCAUAGCUACCUCAAGGGUGCUGUGAGGGCUGGAUGGUAAUUGCUCAGUUCUGCACUCCCAGGAGCUCCUGUUGCAGAGCUGCCCUGAAAAAUAUGCUUUAUAGGAAAAAUUAUAAGCUGCCUAUUGUCAAGGUCUGCCACAUUUUUGUGUCAGAGUGAGAUGUUAUUACCGUCCUCGUGGUUCCGGGCCCUUUGUAUAUGUUUUAUCUUACCUUUUAGUCUUUCAAAAGCUAUCUCCAGAAGGCAUGAGAGUCACUCUACAUCUGGGGAAACCGAGGACCCAAGGAAUUAAAUGAACUGCCCAAGACAAGAGCCCAUGUGUAGCACAACUUAAAUCGAUCCUCCAAACGUUUUCCCUUUGUUUAUUAUUAUAGAAAUUGUUAGGCCUACACAGCAUUUACGGGAGCGUGUAAUGGAGUCGCACAUGUUGGCCGCCUGCCCCAUUUGUCUCCACUCAGUUCCAAAGCCACACACGUGAUUGUUUUCAUUGUCUUAAAGGAAGCCCUGGAUGCCCUAUCAUUCAUUCCACAAAUAAACCCACAGAUACUUAAAUGUGAUACAAGCCUUUUGCUUGGAAGCUUCUUCCGAAGGAGGUUAUCACUUGCAGGUUUUUACCACAGGGGUCCUCCCACUAGUCCGUUUGCCCUGGGGUGCACUUUGCCCAUGCCUGCGGGACCUGUGGUAGUGUAUGUCACUGUGUGGGACUCUGAUGCCUCUCAAGGUCCUCCAAGGCAGGCACUGUGCCAUCUCUCACCCACAGUGUGCAACCUUGUGUUUAUACAUCAUGUAUCCCAGGGAUUUCACAGCUUCUUAAAUAUUGAAACUUUGUUGCUUUCAAGGACUACACCAAAGGCAAAUACCUCUCUAGGGGAACAGGUCAGAGAAGACCUUCCCAGACUCAGGAUGUUGUCUUUUUCCUGCAGAGCACAGGAGGUCACUUUGUGCUGGGGAAAUGUGUUGAAGAUAUAAAACGAGGCUGGACUCAGGUAGUAGUUUGCAUAGAAUCAGGCCUCAGUUCUGGUAGGAUCUGGUUGCAUCCGAGGUAAAAGAAACUGUCUUCAUGGAGUAAAUUCUGGGAGCUGGGAAAUUACUCUCCCCCACAUUAAGAUUCUCCUGAUAACAGGCCAGUGGGGAGCUUCAGUAGGGAAGAGAACAUGUCACCCAUCUACAAGGUGACUUUUCUGUCUGUGGUUUUGAACUUUGGGGGAUAGUUAGCUCUAUGGUAGCAUGCAUACCAGACAGACACAAGGCCCGAAGUCUGGUCCUCAGCAUCAGGGAAAGGAGACUUUGUGAGUAUAUAGGGGACUUGGGUGUACAACGGGAAAACCCAGGUUCUAGCCUGUUCCCCACCUGUUGCUCCAUUUCCGGUUUGCUGUAUGACAUUCAGUGGUCUGAGUCACAGUUUCUUUACCUGUCCAUUCAGUAAAUUCUGAGUGCUUAUUACCUACCGGGUAUUAGGUAUUAGUGAGGUGGCGUCCAUAUAAGUAAUGCAUAAAUCAAUUUUGUGAUACUUGUCUGGUGUUCUCUUUGUUAAAAUGAAGACUCUGGAAGGAGGGGCCUUAAGGAGCUACCUGCCACUGUGAGUGAUUCUUGGCUUUUAGGGCUUUGACAGGGAAGAGAAGGGACAGGGCACAAGGUCCUGGAGCACUAAAGACAAUUCGACCUGAGGCUGGGUCUGAGGUAGGGAUUGCAUGGGGGAUGAGACUGAGAAGUUCUGCAGGAGCAAGCCUUGUGCAAGCCUCCAGCAGAGGAGCAAGCCUUAGUGCAAGCCUCCAGCAGGUAAUUACCUGUCGUGUAGGAGCCAGUUCAAAAGCAGCAGCAGCGUGUACACUGGCACCUGUGCUCUGAGUGCACUGCCACCCACGUCCAGGGCAGCACCCUGAAUAAAAAACACAGCUUCUCCCAUCAUUUUCAUCCGCUUGAACGAUUUAACCCUCUCAGCCCCACUUCCAGUAUCUACACAGACCGAAUCUGGAGUUUUAAUGCGAUCCCCAACUCCUUUACCCUGCUUUAUUAAUUUCCUUCCAAUUGUGUCUACAUUGUGCUGUUCCUUUGAAGUAUGGGGUGGAGUUUAAAAAAAAUUAAGUGAGAAAUAUAAAUCAAACUCCUAGGCUUGAAACCAAAAAGAAAUUGUUAACGACCCAAAUGGAGAAUCUCAGGACUGUUGCCUAGAGACAUUGUGUUGUGAGCCGUUAAUUAUUAUUAUGUAAUGGAUGGACUAUGGUUCCUGGGACGGCUGGGUUCUCUUCGGUAGUGUAUCUCUCAGACGUGAGGCCUAGGGUAACAGAUCCUCAGAACCCUGGUGUUUUUAUUCAGCACCACAGUGGAGGUCUGGGGCAGCACCACAUGGAAAGCACCUCGCCAAGCACGGGAGAGCAGAUGAUCAGGCCCGAGACAUGGUCUAUCAUGAGUUAACUUCAUUACCGUGUGAUUCCUCUUGAUAUCUUCACUGAUGCCAACACGUCAAUCAACAAACCUGCUGGGACUCUUGUAAGGAACUGCCCUUUGAUUGUCUAGGCCAGGACGGGUUAUAUAUGAUCUCUGGUGGCUGUUCAAGAAGACUAAUGGCUGAAGGAAAAACUUAGCCCUGACGGCUGGUAAAUGAAUUAGGAAGUCAGGAAGAGCUCCCAGGAAGUUCAUCCAAUAAUGAAGUAACAUUUUAUAUUAAAAUGCAUGUUCUUUCUCAUGGUGAACAACAACAGAAAGCGGGGGUGGGGAUGGGGGUGGGGGUGAGGUGGAGAACAAAACAGAAAAACAACGAACUACAGCUCUGUUUUUCUGUGGUGAUGUUUGUCAUAGGGGCUCAUGUCAGGCAUCAUGAGACCCGCUGGCCCCGCUCUGGUGUAGUGGGAGUUCUGUUUUUCGUUGCUGGGAUUCCAAACCUGUGCAGUUCUCUCCUGAUCCAGCUGAAGAAGCAGAGGCCAAUGUGACCCAUUUGUUUUCUAUGACAGUGUAACUACAAACUUAGUUUCAACAUAGCACACUUGUGUCAUGGUGCAGCUCUGAUGGAUGAGGGCCUGACGUGGCUUGACUGGGUCCUUCAUGGCGGGGUCUCACAAGGUGGAACUGAAGUUACUGGGUAGGAUUGUGAUCUCAUCCAAGGUUUGACAAGAUAAAGGCUGUUUCCAAACAGUUCCUUAUGACUGUAAGGUGGUGUUAGCUUCUUCUUGGCUGUCAGCUAGAGACCACCUUCAGGUCCUUGGCUUGUGGAUUUCUCCACAAGACCACUUGUAUCUUUGUUUGUUUGUUUGUUUUUGUUUUUGGAAAGAUUUAUUUAUACAAGUACACUGUGGCUGUCUUCAGACACACCAGAAGAGGGCAUCGGAUCACAUUACAGAUGGUUGUGAGCCACCAUGUAGUUGCUGAGAAUUGAAGUCAGUGCCCUUAACCACCGAGCCAUCUCUCCAGCCCCAACCUCUUGCAUUUUUUAAUGCCAAUGAAGGAGAAAGUUAUCUCAGUGUAUAUAUCACCCAUCUAACCUGACCUAAGCAAAUGCAUCCUGCCUUACACAUCCUCUCACCCAUCUAUAGUCUACAUGGCUAGAAGCAAAACACUUAGAGCCUAUAUUCAAAGAUGGGCUCGGUCAAGGACAGGGACACUUGCAGAGGUUGGCUGCUACUGCCACAUGGGACGUGAGUGGUGUGCUGGAGAAGGUGGAAUAAGUAGAAAGGCAAAGGGAGCAUGGCCUGUAGGACCCCAAAACUUGCUCUUGCCACAACCCCUACCCUCUAUUUUCGUCUUACAGCAUGCGAUCCUGAAAAAUUCAUGCAGACACCAAUCUAUAGGCCCGUUGUUUCUAGGCCUUCUCUAACGUCAAGGCAAACAAAGCCCUUUGCAUUCUAAACAUUGGCUGGGUCCCAGUGGUGCCAGCAGCUCUGUUGCCUUCACGUGCCCAUUCCUUCUUUGUCCCUUUUAUUUAUUCUUAAAUAGUCAUUUGUGGAAAAUUAAGAGACAGACAAGAUCCCACUAGUGGAGUCCAGCCCCAGUGUCAAGCAUGCUGUUGGUGAAUUUAAUGAUUAGCCAUUUGAGAAGGAGCUUAACAGUGCUUAGAAAAGCUAACCCUGUGAGGUGUGGAACAGCUCUGAGCCUGGGCCCCGCCUUUCACUCCGGAGUGCCAAGUCAGUGCAGACCAGAGAUUCUGAAGAGAACGGAUCACUUCAGACCACCAUCUGGAGUUUUACAAAGCACACAAUGGUUUGCAUUCUGAUAAUGAGCCAUCCUCAGCCAGGGAGUCAUUGACAGGUACUAAAUGCCACCAUGUUCCUGGGCACACUGUGGCUUGUGUAAGGCAGGAUGCAUUUGAUUAGGUCAGGGCUUCCUUUGCUAACAGAAUCUCCCAGGGCCCUGGAAAGGUAGAUCUGACUAUUCAGUUUGUCAGCAUGUGGCUGGGAUUCAGGGAUGUUAACAAGAACAAAGGCCACAAAGCUGAGAUGGGACUCUGGACUCUGUCCUGUUAACUUGAUCUUGUACCAGAUGUCAUGAAACCAAGCAAAGCCCUUUUUCCAGUUGCCAUAAUGCGUUGCUGAAACCAGUGACUGUUUGCUAGAAACUCAAAAGGGCAGGGCUUAGAGAAGAGCUUAGUCUUCUGUGUCUUUGCUUUCCAGGGAAGGAGUAGAAAAGGUAAAGCCUGAGCGCCUGGAAUGUCGCCUUGUGAAAUACAAAGUAGCAACACUGUGACUCGGAGAGAUACAUGGCCUCAGUAUUGGAUACAAAGUAUCUAUCCGCACUAGGAAACAGGGAAUGUAUAUCCACACUGGGAGCUAGACAUGUACACACACACACACACACACACACACACACACACACACACACACACACUCUGUUGGAGAGGGAGAAAGGAGAAGGGAGAGGGAGGCAGAUCUAUUACUGAAAGUGAGUGAACUAGACACCAUGGUACAUGCCUAUAAUCCCAACAUUCAAGAGGCUGAGGUAAGAGGAUAGAGAGUAAAAGGCCCGCUUGUCUAUGUAGUGAGUAAAACCAAAACCACACAAUAAGGCAUGCACCAGCCUGGAGAAAAAUGAUUGCUGAGAUCUAUGGAAGAAGCCUAGAAAGUUACAGAUUUUUGAGUAUGAUGUCGUUGGAAGACCACGACCAGCUAAGAAGACCAUAUCCAUCUCUAUUUUCAGGGACACGUAAACACAUAGUUAUCUGAGAUCAACAGCCUAGUUCUAUAAUAAUUCCCCUCAGGUCAGGGCGCUGGUACAGUGGUGGCCUGGGAAGGGUGUCCUUUUUCAAGUUUGAAGUUUUUACAAGGAGGAAAUAUUUCUGCAUUCAUUACCUGAGCCAUUAGAAACUUGCUGCUGCUGCUGCUGCUGCUGCUGUUUUUAAGGACCAUCUACCUGGGCUACCUUGUGCUCAGCUACAGCCAAAAGUUGUAGUUAUUUAUAAGUCAACUUGACAAUAAGGAAAAAGGAUACGCUAAAAAUACCACGUCAACAAUAGGACUUUUCCUCCAGAGACUUCUAAAUCAGCAGGACUUUGAUGUCUGGCUACUGUGUAAACAGGGCAUUUGCCAGGGUUGCACUGUGGUCACCCUAGAGAGAAUUUCCCUAAUGACCCAUGGGGGAUGAAGAUGAGUGUGCAGACCUAUCAUGUGUCCAGACGGUCAGCUGUCCCAUUUCACCUCAUGUUAGAUAAUCUUCCAGGACGUGCAGGACGUGUAUGUGUGAGUAUGUGAGGGUGUGUGUUAUUAAUCUUUUGUGCUUAUGUGUGUGUGUGUGUGUGUGUGUGUGUGUAUACACACACACACUAUAUAUAUGCAUAUAUAUAUAUAUAUACAUACACACACAUAUAUAUGUUUGUUUUGCUUGGUCCAUUUUUAAAUGAACAUUUGGCUGUAAUUUGUGGAGUUACCCAUACAGAUCAAUCCAAUAGUCGAAACAAUAAAAAGCGUGGUGUCAGAGUGAUGACGUAGCUACUGUAAAACGUACAGAAUCACACCCGAGAAUUUCUAUAAUUAAGUGGUCUUUGCAGGGGUGAGGUCUCUGAGUAUGAAGCCACGUCACUAAAGCCUUAGGAACAUCUCAUCAGACUCUAGAUGAAAUGGUGAAAGUUGUGUAUGAGAUACGCGCCGUGCAGUACUCGUGGUGCCUGUGUGCUAACAGUGCCCAGGAAGUGGGAUUCGUUCAGCCACUUACCCGUGAGCGAGCACCUCCAUGGGAGAGUGGGAGCAGGAGCCACGGACAGCUGAUGGCCGUCUAUUGAGAGUGCGUGCAAGCUCUUGCAGCACGCUGUGGACGCAGAGGGAGCCAGCAGGGGUUUGCCACUUCUUUAAAAUGUCUCCCUGGACAACUGGUCCUUUUUCCCCUCUGUGGCUGCUUUAGGGCAAGAGUCCAGCCAUGGUGGCUUCUCCCUCUCAUCCUCUCACUGAGAAAACAGACAGUGGGCAUGCCAAGAGAUCAUGGUUGUUAGCUGUUCUGUUUUUCUCUGGAUUUGAACAGAUGAGAGGCUGGUAGUACUUGUGUAUGUGAGCAGAGAGGGGGGGUUUUCACCAUCUUAUGUUAUUCCCUAGAGUGCUGUCUGAAGUACCCUGAAGUGAGGUGGAUAUAUUUUGAGGCUGUAGGCUCUCUUUGGCCUUGCAUUGUAUACAAUAGGAACUAACUUAUUUUAAUCUUAUAUGUAAGGGGGAAAACGCUUUUCUGUCUCAACAAAUCUUCCCAAUUCAGUAAAGCAGAAUCUUGGAAUUUUUUACCUUAGAAGAGAAAGCUUUCUAGUCUUUCUUGAAACAGGAACAAUGAUUUUUUUAAUUUUAUAUAAAUAUUAUAAUUAUAAUGGUAGCACUGUGUUGGACCCAGGGUCUCUCUCAUAGGUAAAGCAAGCACACUACCACUGAGGUAUAGCUCCACCCAUUUUUUUUCCUCUUAAAUAUUUCAGACAGGGUUUUGCUAAGUUGCCCAGGCUGACCUUUAACUUGUUCCAUAUCUGUGACAAAGCCCAAAGCUGUAAUUCUCCACCUCAGCCUCCUGAGUAGCUGGGAUGACAGGUGUGUGCUUCCAAGCCCAACAGCAAAUCAAUAGUAUUAUUUUUUUAAUGCCUUUAGGUGAAUUUCCAGAUCCACCCCUGGAUGCUCUUUCAGUCCUCCAGAGUUGGUGUUAGCCUUCCCGACUCUAAAAUGAGGUAACACUCCCUGGAAACACGAGUCACUGCCGAGCUUCCAUCCAGGUAUCUCAACUGGACUUUUACCAAGAGCUUACAAUGUUCCCCCACCAUGCUGUGCUGGGUCCCUGGUCAAACACACAUCACUCACCUUGUGUGAGGGGCACGAUGGAUAAACAGUACACUCUGCUCAGGAACGUGUGUUGUAAUCAAGGUAUUUUUAAAUGCAGAUGUUCAGUGCAAGCACGUUUGGAGCCUCGACCUUCUUAUCUGUAUGGUGUGGGAACAGCUGUAGAUGGCAUUUCUCCUCCUUACUGGCUCUGCCACUUGGAGAGCCUGUGGGAACAAAUAUUUGUUUUGCUCCAGCAUUGAAAGAUAAAUACACCAAGGGACAGAGAGUAAAUAUUUGCAGCCUCCUGAAGUGUGCCCCACCCUGUGUUAGAGAUGGCUUCCCAAGGCAUUGCAUGGGUGGGUUUCUGCUGUCUGUUUUUCCUCGGAGUAUAACAGCACAAGUUUCCAGUGGUCUUAAAAUGUAUGCUCUUUGGUGUGUGUGUGUGUGUGUGUGUGUGUGUGUGUGUGUGUGUGUGAGAGAGAGAGAGAGAGAGAGAGAGAGAGAGAGAGAGAGAGAGAGUUUACCUGUGACCCCAGCUCCUCUAGAGACUGAAGCUGGAGGAGUAGCUGAGCCCAGGAGCUCCGGUUCUGUCUUUGCUACCUAGUGUCACUCUGGAAACAGAAGCAGAUAGGUGAAGAGGGCAGAGAAGCCAAUUUAGUGGUAGAGAGAAGAAAAAGAGAGCAGAGAAAGGGAAAGAGAGGAGAGAGGGAAGACAGUCUGGGAGGAAGAAGUAAGGUCUUAACGUGCUAGACAUUUCCACCUCAGAAUGAGGUGUGCUGUAGGAGCUGUGCCUCUUCUCUCAUUUCCUCUUAGCUACUUGAGGGGAAUCGCAGAGUAUGACACACCAGGAUGAGAUAAUGCCUGGGAUCUGGUGGGUGACGUCAUCCCAGAAAGGCUUCCUGUGAGAACAGGAGUUUCCGGGCCUGAGAGUCCUGAGAUCCUGAGGGGUAAGGGACCACACUGUUUGCGUCCGUAGAUUUUGCAGACCUAGCAACCAGGGCCACUUUCUUUCUGCUCCGUGAGAAGGAGAUACAGCAAUGGUAGAGCCAUAAUCCUUGGCUGUGAGCUUAGAAUCCGAAGGUCUCCUUGUGCCCAGGGAUUCAUGCAGUGGGAAGGAUCUGUGAGCAAACUUAGCCAGUGCAUGUCAUCUAACAGGCUGUCCGAGUUUGGGUAGGGGAUGUAGGAUAUCACGAUCAGACAACCAGGAUUUUAUCCACCAUUGUUUUGUUAUUUCUAUAUAUUUAAUAAACUCUCAUCUUGGGACAUUCGUAGAUACAGAAAAGAGAAUCCCUGAUUACCUUUGCCUAGCACCCCACACCAUACGCUUACCACAGUCAAGAGAGGGUGCUGGUAUUUUACUACUGCGAUCAUGAUAGACUCUGUUGAGACUGGACCACACAUUCAUCUGUAUUUGAUUCACUGAUUCAUUCAUCGACCCAUUGAUUCAUUCAUUGAGGCAGGGACUCACUAUGUAGCCUAGACUGGCCUCAAACUCAUAACUCAACUUUAAAAAAAAAAUUAAAAGUUUAAUCCAGGUAUAGUGAUACUGCACCUGGAAUCUCAGCAGUUGGGAGGCUAAGGCAGGAGGAGCAUUACAAGCUGAAGACCACUGGGCUACUUAGUGAAACCCAGUCUCAAACUAAUUUAAAAAUAACUGUAACACACAUACACAUGCGCAUGCGCGCGUGCACACACACACAUACACACGCACACACACACCCCUACCCUAAUAUACAAACAUAUACAAAAUCCUGCCUUUAAACCUUGUCUUCCCAAGUGUGUGGACACCAAGUUAUAUGGAUAGAUACUGUAUCCGUCUGCCCUUUGGAGUAGGUUAGACAAGAGGUCAAGUGUCUUUUGGGGAAGCUUCACUGUGAAUGACAGUGUUGUGUUGGUUUCUUGGUGUUUUAGACUUGAUACUUGAACUUAAGCAAUUCACGUUCUUGGGCUGCCCGUUGUAGCUUUUAGCUUCUCUCUCAUGGCUGAUGCCAGCUAUUGUUUUUCUGUGCCCACAGCAGAACCCUUCCCCUCUACUCUGCCCUGAUGCCCUGUCAGAUGCUAUACCAUGUCGCAGAGCUCUUUGGAACUUUGAGAGGAAAGCUGCCUCUUGAUAAGUUCUCUGGAUUUGCUCCUUUGAGUUUAUGACAUCCCCCCCCCCCCGACCCCGCCAAGGUCUUUUAAUAUCUUAUUUCCCAAUGUGUGACUAUGUUUUGCUUUUUAAAAUAAAUAAAAACACUGAAAAAUUCAAUGAUAACUCAGAUAAAAGAAUCUAGCUAGAAAGGUGGAAGUGACUGACUGUCUUCUGUAAGAUGCGUACUGAGGAGGUCCACCCUGGUGUUAUAUUUCUCAGUGUGAAUUGUUACUGGCCGCACAGCUGUGUAAUAUCACUUGACUUCACAGUGGGUUUUCAGCCUUAAAAAUAUAUUGACUUACUGUAGAAAAAUCAAGAAAAUGUAAAUUUUUUUUCUUACGUUGUUACUUUUAAGGGCCACACGAUAUUAUAGUUUAUGGCUAAUUUUAGCUCAUAAAUUAUAUUUAACUAACUUCCAUUUUUUAAACUAGAAUUUGUUUGGGCUGAUCAAUUUUAUAGAUUCACUUCUGCAUACAUCCACGAAGUUAAAUUUCAGAGAAUGGAAUUACUGAGCCCACACUGUAUACUGCGUGCUGCUUAGUGGCUGCCUCAGGAGUUAACAGCAUUUUUGAGACACAGGCUUUGCGCACAAUCCUGAGGCUGAGGUCCCUCUGUUAGCCUGGUUCUGUGCACAUGGAAACUCGCUGGGUGGGUUUAGACACAGGAGCUAGCUGAGCCUUGUCAGGUGACUUACGGACUCCUGGCAGGGAACGAUUUGUCAGGACCUGUUACAGUUCGUCGUGACCUCAUUCAUCUACUGAAGUCCAUGGCCUCGGAGCGAAGGGCUGACAAGGGGGCAGGCUUCCACAGGCUCUGCCCGACUCAACAUUCCUUGCCCUCCAGCUUCAAGAAGCUUCACAAAAUAACCCAUUUCAUGAGCAGUUACCUUUCUCGGUUCUCACUGGUAAUUACUAGACCAUCUUUUAUCAUCGUGUUUUCUGCCUGAUGGACUGUCAGACCAAACUUCUUGGCAGGUUUUCCAGUCAAUUAAAAUAGAAGGCUAAUUUCACUGAGCAUCCAGCUGCGGGUGGGAUUAUAGCACAGGGCAGAAACUCAGUUGGCUAUGCUCUGUAUAGUGUAGGGUAGCAGAGAUGGGAAGUGUCUGGGUCCUUUUUCCUUCUAAAUAAAGUCUACUUGGGAGACUGGGCUCGCUCGCUGCUCUGUGGUAGAGCACAUGUUAGCAUAUUAGGAACUCUUAUGUUUAACUUCAGACACCUAAAAAAAUAAUGUUGAUUACUUCAACUCUUCUGGCAUAUGGGAAUCAUCAGUCUCGUCAGCUCUGGAGUUGGAUUCUGACUUUUCGCUUUCCUCGGGAAACCAUGUGUUUACCACAGAAAGCAAAUGCUGUGUGUUUUGAAGGAGCAAAUUCAAGAUAAAUGUGUGGAGGAUGAGAGAGUGAAGUCCGUCACAGAUCAGUCCUCUCACGUGAUCCUGGACCCUUCCGAGAGGUCCUUUUUAUAACGUCUGGUUAUCUUGUGAGUCUGUUUGGAACCUGCUUGGACUAAAGCCACAUUGGCACCCCCAAACACAGGACCGUGUCUGAUCUGUGUGGGGACUCUGUGGGUGAGUGAGUAAAUCAUGAGUAUGCCAUGGAAUGAAUAGUACUCAAGGCUGCUAACUAAUCCCACGCCUCAAUGGGUAACGUUUUGGAAGCAACUUUUCUUUGGAAAUGGCUCCUGAUUAGUUCCCAUUUCCUCAAGAAUUGUAAUAAAUUGAAUAAGGAAUCUGAAUGUGAAAAGAAAGUAGGGAGGAAUCCUUAAAGCACCCACAGGUCUUUAUUGAUCUUUAUUGACUAAAAUCAGCCUGUUCCUAGCGUGGUCACACAGCCUCAGGAGGACAAACCAGGGAGAAAAUGCUUGUGUCCUGCUGUGAGGGAGUACCUCUGCCAGUGGAGCUGUGUGAAGGAGGACAUUUCUGUAGCAGAAAUGUUGCACCAAAACUAAUGUCCCUUUGGGGAAAUAGAUUGGGGGUAGAGUUAAGAUAUUUUUCGGCCCUUACGGAAAAUUGAGGAAAUAAACACAGACAAUUUUUCUCUUACCUAUUGGGAAACUGAAGAAAUAAAAUUUUAAAGUGUUUUCUUCUUUUUUUGAUCUAUGAGAAAAUCUUUCCCCUGCCCCACAACAGGAAGCCCAUGUCAGCUGGGUAGUAACACUUUUCUGUCCUUUGUUUCCAGAGGUUGGGAUGAACCAUUGGAGAUUCAGCCACAGGGUACUGCACUUAUCAAGUUCCAGUUCAGCCCUCAGCUUGCAUGUACUGUACCUCAUGGUGGGUUAUGCUGGUGAAGUAGGAGAAAAGGCCCCCCGGGGCUUGAGUUCUUUCAAGGGAACAACAUAGUCCUGGUAGAUGGCCUAGACCUUUGGAAAUAAAAGUAGCUAUUAAAUAAUUAAUGAACUCCUACUUUGAAACAAAAUGCAUUUGCGUAAGAUCGAACCCUCAUGUUUGUUUAAAUUGUUUCAUUUUAAUAUAGGGGUACACCCAUUCAUAAAACACAGCUUGAAGCAUAUACAUACCACACAUGCACAUACACAGUUCUCAGGUGAGAAGGCUCAUGCUCGAAGAAAGUUUAAGCAGCUCUACUUAGAACAACAAACUUAAACCUGGCUUGGUGUGUGCCCUAUGAUACCAGCACUAGGGAGACUAAGGCAGGAAGGUUAUGACUCACACCAAGAAAAAAAAAACAUCAGCUAUGAACAUACAGGAAGAGAACCCAGAGCCCUGUGAGCAACCAGUUCGUCUUUGCAGAAACUAUUUGUUUAACACUUUUCAAAAUCCUUAAUCAUAUCAGCAUUGUAUAGAUGCUGCAGGAAACUAUAAAAGUAUAAAGAUUAUUAAAUUAUCAUUUCAAAAACGGAUUUAUUUCACUUUUAAUCAUGUGUAUGUCUGUAUAGCGGUUCCAGGGGUACAGAGGGUGUUGGACGUUCCUCGAGGAGGAGUUACUGGCAGCUGUGAGUUAGUUGCCAGGUGUGGAUGCUGGGAACUGUAUUUGGGUCUUCUUCAAGAGCAGUGCCCAUUCUUUACUUAUUAGUACUCUAGCUCUCAACCUUAAUGUUCUUAAUGGGAGCAGAAGGCUUGCAGCAGCAUUUAAAAACAGUAAAGGCGGGGUUGGGGAUUUAGCUCAGUGGUAGAGCGCUUGCCUAGCAAGCGAAAGGCCCUGGGUUCGGUCCCCAGCUCCGGAAAAAAAAAAAAAAACAGUAAA